AUGGGUUUCUUCAAGCCUCUCAAGGGCGACCACUCGACGGCACAUGAGGAGGCUUAUCCCUCUCCUCCAGGACCACCACCAGUACGCGAGCCGACAUAUCAAGCACCUCCAGGGCCACCGCCAUCACAUCAAUUCCACGAUUCUUCGGCUCACGGCACAUCACCUGGAGGAAACGAAUACGCUCCACCCCCAGGCCCUCCACCAGGCUGGCAGAAGAGACUUAGCCAAACUCCCUCGGCUCCGCCUAAUACCGACGAGGAACCUCCGCCAUAUCAUGACUGGACAGUUGUCCCUGACAACUCACUCCUUCCACCACCGCCAGUGUUGGGCCACAGAAAGAGCCCUUCAAGCAAUGCCAAUCUAUCCGAUGCAGAUCGAGCACAUUAUUGGUGCAAAAUAAACCCGAUGAUAAGACCGCAUCAGCCCACCCAUCUUCAGCAUGUUGCAGUCCUUAAAGGGGAUGUGCGGCUUCUGAAACCUCCGGAAUACAAAGGCGAUUUGUUGAUGCCGAAUACCGGGUUUUGGAAAGGCUCUACGCGAGCGGGAAGCAAGGAUUCCUGCCUCCUAACAUCUUCGCCUAUUUACUUCGCCUACGCGGACUCCCCUCUUCGUACGAGAAACGCCAAAACAAUUUACUUUGAAGUCAAAGUGCGAUCUCUAGGCCUUGGACGAGGGGCAGACGAGAGCUCCAUUGCUCUCGGCUAUUGCGCGAUACCCUACCCUACCUGGCGUCUACCUGGAUGGGAGCGUGGCAGUCUUGCCGUGCACGGCGACGACGGACGGAGAUACAUUAAUAAUACCUGGGGGGGCAAAGAUUUCACUUCACCGAUCAAAACAGGAGAUACGGUUGGCCUGGGUAUGACAUUUUCAGUUGCGGCUAGCGUUCCAGGCUACGAAGCUCAGCCGAAGUGCGAACCGACGGUCAAGGUCGAGGUAUUUCUUACAAGGAAUGGUCAGAGAAACGAAAGCUGGGACUUGCAUGAAGAAUUAGACAAGGACCAGGAUCUUGGCGUCGAUGGGCUCAAUGGCCAGUUGGAUCUAUACUGCGCUGUGGGAACCUUUGGGGGGGUUGAUUUCGAUGUUUCCUUCAACAAUCGGAAUUGGUUAUGGCAACCUAGAUGA